CACGAAUCGACGCAUCUCGGCCUCUCUUCCAACGAUCCCUUUGUCUCGCGUCUUCAUCUUGUUCUUGCGAGAUUGGAGAUGGAGAAGCUCCGGUUGGAUCUGAUGAAGGAAGCAGAAGCCGUCUGCACUGAGGACGACGAACUGUACGAGGAGAUCGAGGCCCCCAAGUUCGUCGAUUUCACCGUCCCCGACCGAUUCCGCCCGGACGACCGCUCCUGGUUCUGCGCCCGCGUCGGUUGUGAUCAGACUCACGAGGAAGUUGAUCCUGAAGCUCUGUACAGAACCUUUCUGCUUCGGGUCAUGGCGGCAAGAAGCCCCAAUGUGCGACAUCGAAAAGCAUUAGGUCGACCAGCUUCAAGUUUAAUCCCGAGAUGUCCUCAAUCUGCUCCCGCAAAGUCCUCCAAGAGUAGGAUUACGAGAUUGAGCACUAUGAUUGCAGUCCCAGAAAGCACGGCAAAGUCAAAACUGAAGGACCAUCCAAUCUCGAGCUUGAGAUCAACCCCAAGCCGAGACAAGGCAAAACCGCAGCAUUGCCCGAUGAAGGAGGCAUUAACAGAGCCAAGAAGGCAAAGGUGUCUCACCAACCGAGAGGGAUUUCGGAGCGUGAGGCAUCAAAAGGAACCAGUUCCUGUGGUGAAGAAUAAGGCCGUGGUGAGGUCUCUAUUUGACGAUACAACCAAGGAAAGGCCUCUGAGGACGACUACUCCAUCCAAGUCCACUGCUCCCCCUGUAUCAGAGGAUCGUCCCGAGACGAGAAAGCUUAAAGUAGGCAGUCGUAUGAAGAACGUGCCCAGCAGGUAUCUCUGCAUACCGAAAACUCCAAUGAGUUCUAAGAGAGCUGAAGAUUCUGCAAAGAGUUUGAAUAGAGCUAAAGAAACUAAAGUUAGUACAAAGUUGAAAACCGAGCCCUCUUCGAAGAUAUGUGAUCCGUCAGAGAAUCAAGAAAUCAGCCGUGACGGCUCAAGUGACAUGGAAACUGAUGGAAAAUUGAGCAACCUCUGUGUCGCAGCAACUAAUGUUGAAGAGCCUCUUCCAUCUCUGGUUGCGGGAUUAGAGUCUCUGCAAUUAGCUAAAGCGGACUCCACAAGCUUGCAUAGCUCAACAAUGGAGAAUUGCGAGAAAGUUACAGAGAAUGAGGUUCCUCUGCCUCAUGCUUCCAGCAAAAGAUCAGCUAGCGAGGCAGGAAAUGAAGAAAAUUCUACUGAGUUGGAUGAUAAUAAGGAAAAUGCUUCAGACACCAACAAAGGAAGAGUUCUGAAUUCAAAUGCCAAAAGGGAUGCGAGCGAGGACUUUAAGUCUGCAGCUAGUGAGAAUGUUCCCCCAAAGGUACUUCGACCUCAAAUCAACUCCUCUGAUAGAGUAGGAAAGCAUAAGAGAACGACAAACCCGAAGCCUUUUAGACUUAGAAUUGAUGAAAGGGGAAUUCUUAAGGAAGCAAAUCAGGAGAGAAGGCUUCGGAUUGAAGCUCAAGCUCAGAAGCAAGCUGAAUCGACUCUCAGAACGAAGGCAUUAGUUGGCAAAGAGAAAAUAGCCGAAAAACCUCAGAGCAGGCUUCUCAAGAUGGCAUCAUCGAAGCAAACACUCGAGGAUGGAAGUGUGACAGCACUGAGGAAAGCACCAGUUUCACAAACAGGAAGAGAAAACUGCAAGACCACAAGUCCUGCAGUCACGACGUUGAAGGGGAAAAGGCCAGCAGCAACAGUCGCAAGAGAGCCAAACUUCCACAGGAUCCAUCUACCAAAGGGUUGCUCCAAAAGGGUAGAGGUACAGCAGAGCUGAUGAACUCGGUUCCACCUUCAUUCCUUUAUUGAAUGAAUUCUUCAUCUGUGCCUAAAGCUCCCAGCAUCUUUCGUUCAAUUGUUCCAUUGAAUUCUUUAGUGUGUAAAAUGUGAAAGGUCCACCGGAAUUUCCUUUUCUUUUUUGUUUCAAGCAUCCAUCCAAAUAGGACCCAAAUCUAAUUUGACAUGAAGGAUUUAUGGCCUUCUCCUUCCAAGAA